UUUUGUCAACAUCAACCCCAUCAAGCAUCAUGGCCGACAGGGAAACAACGCCCACCGCCUCGGUUGCCAGCGGCGCCAAGUACCGCGGAGCCGUCGUUGAAGACCUGCAGCUGCCCCCGGCGUUCUGCCUGCCGAAGGACGCGCCUCUCUCUUUCGCGCUCGAGGCUGCAUACGAGCGCGACUUUGACCAGCUCCCCGUCCUGAACUCGAACCGCCGACCGAUCGGAUAUCUGAACGUGCCGGCCAUCAAGCGCAAGUUUGAGGCUGGCGAGACGCGCGAGACGGACAUUAUCUCCUCGCACAUGACACACUUCCCCACGACGUCGCGCCGUCACCCAUACUCUGUCAUCACCCCUGACACACCGCUCGAGACGCUCGAGAGCUUCUUCCUGACCAACGGUACCGACUUCGCCCUAGUGACGGACGCCGAGCGGAACUGGGUUUUGGCUGUCGCGACCAAGGACGACUUGCAGGAGUUUGUCAAGCGCCGAGGGGGAGGCAUCUAAGCUCUGCUCCUGGGUCACUGGGCCGACGGGACGCCUUUUCCGUCUACCAGGCAUGUCGUAGGUUGUCAUGGAUUGUGUAAUAGCACACGCAUGAGGGUCUGGUGCGUAUUGCGUAUUGCGGAAGUGAUGAUAUCGAAGAGCUGAGGCACGGA